AUGUCCUUCAAAAUCGUUCUUUUGUGCGCUCAAGCGUUGCUCAUCCAGGCUAUCUCCAGCCAGCAAUGUAUGGGAUCAUACAACGCUUACGCUGAGGGUUACGGCUGGCCAGCACCUUGCGAAAGUUGGAACGCACCAUGGGCUGAGAUGAGCCUGCCAUGCGGUGAGUGGGGAGCAGCUGGUGCCCGCAUGCGUGCCGCUGAGGCCUCUUGGGAAAACGCUGCCCUCGCUGAAGCCAGAUACGGUUACGGCUAUGCCCCAGCUAACAUGGCAGCCUCAAACGGUGGAGGCCUCGCCGUCACCAGCGCUUCCCCAAUCGCGCCCAACGGUGUCUCCCUGCUUUCUGAGAACGCGUUCGAAGGUCCCCUCGCAGUUGCCGGUGAGAUCCCGUUCUUGGGAACCGUUGGAUUGGAAGGUGCUCUGCCAACUGCUGGUGCUGGUGGCGUUGCUUACAACUGCGGAAACGGCAAUGUUGGUAUCCUGAGCGAGGACUUGGCUGGUGCGGCUUACCCUGGUGCUUACGCUGGCGCGUACGGUGCCUACGGUGCUGGUGCUUAUGGUGCUCCCUUCGCUGGUCCCCUCGCUGGUCCCCUCGCUGGUCCCCUCGCUGGUCCCCUCGCUGGUGCCGCCCUCUCCUCCGCCUAUGGUUUCAAUGGCAUUAACCGUGGAUGCGGUUGCGGCAGAAUCUAA